GACCCUUGCCCUUUCUCGCCGUCCCUGCCAGCGGCCGCUGUCUGGAGGAAGAGGCUGGUCUGGUGUCCGGCCUGGUUUGCCCCAGAGGAAUGCUAGACCCAGACUAAACUGUGGCCCCGCCUCCCUGUGCCGUGCCAGCAGGACUUGGAGCUAGGACACCUAGAUCCUGGGUUCUCUCUGGUGGGGAGGGGGCAUUUCACCGUGCACAGACCAUGCGGGUUGAGAUGCUUAGGUUUUCAUCUCAAGGACCCUAUGAUGGAGGCACAAACGGACAGAGGCUUCUUUUUGGAUCACAAGGAAUUGAGGUCACAUGAAUGGCCCCUCUUCCUAAUUGAGCUGCACUUUGUGUUGUGGGAAAGGCCCUGGAGCUGGGCUGUGACAGGGCUCAGGGGAAAACCUCGGGUCCCUCUAGCCAAGCUCCUGCUUGAUUUGCAGCUGACAGCAGCUCUGCGGGCACUGGGUUUAAAGCUCUGGCCAGCUGAAGGUGGAGGUGGAGGGACUUCUGCUACCUUCGUCUCUGUGGUCUUUUCAGGCCACAGGAUCUCCAGGUAUCAGGGGGAAAGGAGAGUGAGCCUGCAUGCCAAUUCUAAGCUCCUCCGGAUCAAAUGUCGUUCGUCCUGUCCAGAAUGGCAGCCUGUGGAGGCUCCUGCAAGAACAAAGUGACUGUCUCCAAGCCUGUGUGGGACUUCCUGAGCAAGGAGACCCCAGCCCGGCUGGCCCGGCUUCGGGAGGAGCAUCGGGUGUCCAUCCUCAUAGAUGGCGAGACUUCUGACAUCUACGUGCUCCAGCUGUCCCCACAGGGUCCUCCCCCAGCCCCUCCCAAUGGGCUCUACCUGGCCAGGAAGGCUCUCAAGGGGCUACUGAAAGAGGCAGAGAAAGAGCUAAAGAAAGCCCAGAGGCAGGGGGAGCUCAUGGGCUGCCUGGCUUUGGGGGGUGGAGGGGAACACCCCGAGCUGCACCGCCCAGGCCCUCCUCCCCUCCGAGCAGCCCCACUCCUGCCCCCAGGGGCAAGAGGGCUACCCCCUCCUCCUCCUCCCCUGCCCCCUCCACUCCCUCCUCGUCUCAGAGAGGACGCUGAAGAGCAGGAAACCACCUGCCCCAUUUGCCUGGGGGAGAUACAGAAUGCCAAGACGCUGGAGAAGUGCAGGCACUCCUUCUGUGAGGGCUGCAUCACACGGGCCCUGCAGGUGAAAAAGGCCUGCCCCAUGUGCGGCCGAUUCUACGGGCAGCUUGUGGGCAACCAGCCCCAGAACGGACGGAUGCUGGUCUCCAAGGAUGCCACCCUCCUGCUGCCCAGCUACGAGAAGUAUGGCACCAUUGUCAUCCAAUAUGUCUUCCCGCCUGGCGUCCAGGGGGCUGAACACCCCAACCCAGGAGUUCGGUACCCUGGUACCACACGGGUGGCCUACCUCCCGGACUGCCCCGAGGGCAACAAGGUGCUGACCCUGUUCCGAAAGGCAUUUGACCAGCGCCUCACCUUCACCAUCGGCACGUCCAUGACUACAGGGAGACCCAAUGUCAUCACUUGGAACGACAUCCACCACAAGACCAGCUGCACAGGGGGACCCCAGCUGUGCGACUCCUCCUCAUCUCCCUCUCCAUGGCGUCUCCCUUUCACCAUUUCUAAUUUGGGGGAGCCAUCCACCCUCUCAGUCUGUUUUCAUCCUGGUCCUGACGCGUUCAGCUUAACACCUCCCCUCCCCACCCAAAAAGCAUAUUCUGGCUGGGUUAUCUUGGUUUUGGAGGUCCCUCCUCAUGGGAAGUGGGAGGGGUCUGAAUUUGGCCCCAACUGAGCCACUCAAAAUGAGGGUGGGUAAGGACGAUCAAGUCCAAACGACUAACUCUGAUCCUCAUUUCUCUUUGCCCCAGGUUUGGGUAUCCGGACCCAACCUACCUGACUAGGGUGCAAGAGGAACUGAGAGCCAAGGGUAUCACAGACGACUGAGGGACAGCUCCUUUGCCAAGGCCCCCCGCUGUCCUCUACUAGGAUCCAACGGAAGCCUCUGCUCCCCCCGCCUCUCUCUGCCCCCACACCAUCCUUGAGGGGAUAUGUCUGACUGGGGUGGGAACUCAGAGGGGAAGAGGACAUGGUCCCUUCCCCUGCCCCCCCACUGGCCAAGUGCUCCAGCAGAGGCUGUUUUCCAAGGCUCCCGUCCCCUCACUCCGUGUACAUAUUUUCUCUGCCCCUGCUUCUCCAGUGUCCUUGGCUUUUCCUGGUAUGUACCGUGCUCCAGUGACUAAGCUGAGAAAGGACCUGGGUAGGAAGGAUGGGGUCUCUGGAACUCCAGCCCCUGAAUACUGUCUCACCUUGGACUGAUAUUAGCUGCCUCCCCCAGCCAGCUGUGUGUUAAGAUAACAGUAGUCCUACCUUAACGGACCCUUUCUCUCCCGUGUCUGUCUUUGUCAGUCUGUCUCUCGCUCUUCUCUGCCCCUAUAAGGAGCCUCCUCACCGCCCCCCCCCCCCAAAUCUGGAAUUGCUGCCAGACUGUAGCUUUUAAUUUAAUAAAAAUAAAGUGAAAUAUGCAACUCUA